CUCCCCAUCUCCUUCUUUAUCCUCUAUUCUCCUUCUACCGCUGCUUGAAGGGCACCAGUUCUACCGUUUGCCAACUUCCUCGGCUUCUUUACAUGCGUCGAAGCAAUGCACGCCUAGCGGCGACAAGCCUCUUCGUCCUCUUCUGUCUCCUUCCUUCCGCAUCGGCAGAUGACGUACAGCUCCAACCUGACUCGGCGCUGGCGUACGUUCCCUCUCUCGGCGGCAAUGCAGCCGUGACAGCAGUGUAUGGAAUACUUUGCCUCCUUCUCUUCUUCUGGACCUUCAAGAAUCGGGCAUGGUGGGCGCUUUGUGAGCCUAUUGGCGCUGCCUUCUCAUGCUUGGGCUACGGAUUACGACUACUCUUGCGACAGAACUCCCAACAAGGCAGCCGUGCCGUCUUCAUUCCCAUGUAUCUGUUCGUGAUUCUGUCGCCGGCCGCGUUCCUCGCAUUCAACUAUAUUCUCGGAGGCAGGCUCAUCGUCGCCGUCACGGCCAUGACACCUGCGAAUGCGCAAGACGUGUCUCUAGUACGCGGGCCAGAGAACGCGAAAAGAGUAGGCUGCUGUGGCUCUCGGAAAGCAAAACCCUCUCCUUCGACUCCUACUCGGAAAGGACUUUCACAACGCUCCCCCCUCUCCAUGAUACCUCCUCGUCUGUAUACCCUGAUCUUCGUUCUUUCUGAUGUGUUGACCUUCCUCAUACAAGCCGCUGGCGGCGCUAUGCAAACCAGCAACGACUAUGCUUCUAUCAAGACGGGUGGCAACAUCUUCCUUGCCGGAGUCAUCUUGCAAACGGUAUCGUACCUCUUUUUCUUCUCGGUGAUACUCCAGGCGCACUGGAAGUUGUACAAGUGCGACCCCGAGAGAUAUUCGAUGGUCAAAGGCAUCAAACGGCGCGAACCUGCGAUCACCGUGCUCGUCACUCUGUACGUGACCGGCAUCCUCAUCAUCAUACGAAGCCUCUUCAGGGUUGUGGAGAACGGCCAGGGCUACAACGGGACGCUGUACACACAUGAGAUCUACUCUUUUACUCUCGAUGCCUUGCCACUCCUUCUCGUCUUAGCGGUCUACGUGCUCCUCUGGCCCUCCAGACCGCUAAGUCGCGUGGAGCCUUCAGACGCUGUUGUGCACUAUUUGCAAGCGAUGUCUCGGGGCAAGACCUCGUCGACCUCCUCAAUCGAGAUGUCGCAGGCGAAUAGGGACGGACUGUGAUGAGUACUUCUGCAGCUGCUAGUGUCUUGUCCAAGUUCCCAGAAUUGCCUCUCAUUGUACAAUUAGAACCUCAUUGUCGUGACAUAGACCUCCAGACGUACAUAAUGACCUUCACUUCACUACACCAUCUGGACCUGCGCCUCUCCUUCCACCCUGAUCAAUUGUGACUUGGCAUUCCUCCUCCUG